AUGGACGAUUUCAUCAACGCCAACAACUGGCACGUGCCGCCAUCUCCCGACCCAAAUGCAACGCCUAGUCCGGGGUUGGCUACCAACAUGGAAAUAACAUCGCCAGUUAGCACUGAUGAGUACGAAAUCAGUGAUAUGGAGCCCGCUGAAGGGAGGAGCAAGGGCAAGGUUGCGGAUGAGGAGGGGCCGAAGAAGUAUAGUCCGCAGGAGACAUUGUGGCUGGCCAAGAACUUCAUCGACGUCUCUGAGGAUCCUAUCAUCGGCAACCAGCUAAGCGACAAAGUGUUCUGGCAGCGGAUUGUAGAUAAGUACAAUGCUGGUCGACCUAGAGGGUCGUUCGAGCGUAGCUACGUGAAGCUACGCAAGCAUUCAGGUCGGGUCCAAAAGGAGAUGAACAAGUGGAAUGACAAGUGGACUAACGUAGUCCGGAUGUGGCCGAGCGGGCACAGCGAGAUGGACCUCGUGGAGAAGGCCAGGGCAGAGUCCUUCUCUAAUGGGAAGAAGCAGUUCAAGUACUUCGACGUUUGGAAGCUUGUCGAGAAGAGCCCGAAGUACACCGGUGGGGCAGAACCGGCGGCAAGUGGGGCGCAAAAGAGAACCAAAGUUUCCGCCGUUGGACACUACUCUUCGAGCGAAGGAGGUUCGCCAAUCGACCUCAACGUGACAGACGACGACAUCUUCUUCUCAUCCCCUGGUACUCAAAGUCGUCCGAUGGGCACAAAGGCGGCAAAGAGGAAAGCGAAUGGGAAAGCAACUGCGAGCUAA